CCAUUCGCGUAGGUAAGCAACGCAACGAGUGUGCUUGUGCCGUGUCGUCGCAUGCAUCCUCCGUCAUGACUCACUCCACGGGCUCCCAUGACGCCACGUCUCGAUCGUCGGCAACCACCUGAGCACAAAACCAACGGCGUGGGUACCAAGGAGAUGCGAAACGCAAGGGCCGACCCAGAAGCCAACGAUCGAGAGAGAGAUUGAGAGAUGUGGCCGCCAUCGCUGCUGCCCGCGGUGCUGUACCCGCCGCCGGCGUCGGUGUUCGUGACGGCGAUGUCGGUGGUGUCGUUCGCGUCCCUGGCGUCCGCGGGCCUCUCGGAGCUCCGCGGCCAGCACAUGGCCUACUCCAAGUUCUGGCACGUCGUCUCUGGACAGCAGCAGCAGCAGAAGAAGGGAGGCACGGGCGGCGCGCUGCUGUCGAGCCGAGACGGGAUGCUGGUUGCCUACGCGCCGGCGCUAGUCGCCGCCGCCGCGUCCUUCGUCGUGCCGGGUGCAGUGGAAGGGCUGCGCGCGGAGCUCCUUGCCGCCGCGCUCGCCGUCCACUUCCUCAAGCGUGUCCUCGAGGUACUCUUCAUCCACCGGUACAGUGGAAACAUGCCACUCAACACGGCGCUCACCAUCUCCUCCAGCUACCUGCUCAGCGCCAUCACCAUGAUCUACGCACAGCACCUCGCCGUCGGACUCCCUGACCCUACAACCGAUCUCCUCUACCCAGGCGUGCUCCUCUUCACCGUUGGCAUCGCCGGCAAUUUCUACCACCACUACCUCCUCUCGCAACUCAGGAAGGGAGGUGAUGACGAUAAGGGGUACAAGAUCCCCAAGGGCGGGCUCUUCGAGUUCGUCACCUGCCCGCACUACCUCUUCGAGAUCAUCGGAUUCUUCGGCUUUGCAAUGAUCUCGCAGACUGUUUAUGCGCUCGCCAUGGCCUCCGGCACGGCAGCGUACCUCAUCGGCCGAAGCUUCGCCACCCGUAGAUGGUACGAAUCCAAGUUCGAGGAGUUCCCCACAACCAUCAAGGCUUUGAUACCCUAUAUCUUGUAGUGAGCUAGUUAAUUGGUUGUCUGCCAGAUUGUCUAUUCACAACCAGUCUCAUGCUUAUGUAGAUCUCAACAAGAAUUCUAGACCUCAGUUUAUCUAAACCAACAAUGGAAUAUUGUAUGCCAUGCUUUAGAGAAUUGACUAGUAGAAUGCCCGUGUGUUACCACGGGCUUUUGAGUUA